ACGUUACUGUUUGUGUGUGGCAAAGAAAGGUUUUUUUACUAAAAUCGUGUAUAUUAACCAGAAACAUGGCUCCAAAAUACACUAAAUGCUUCGUAACAGUAGGCACUACUCGUUUCGACCGCCUCUGCGAGUUCAUUCUCACCUCAUCCGUGCUUAACGCGCUCAACAAGCUCGGCUGUAAAGAGAUCAUUGUACAAAUCGGAAACAGCGCAACGGAACCGGGAGAUUACGACAAAAACGGCAUAAAAAUAAAGCUAUACAGAUUCAAAGAUUCUAUUCAAGAAGAUAUUGACAAUGCAGAUCUUGUAAUAAGUCACGCUGGGGCUGGCAGCUGCUUGGAAGUUCUGGAAGCUAACAAACCUCUUCUAGUCGUAGUGAAUGAGGACUUAAUGGACAACCACCAGCUGGAAUUAGCUGAGCAGCUGCAGAUUGAUGGACACCUGUACUACUGCACUUGUGACACCCUAGAGAGCACUCUCGGAGAGGUUGACUUUAGUUUGUUGACUCCAUUCCCAAAGCCUAAUCCUUCCUUGUUUGUUAAGUUUUUAAAUGACACAUUUAAGAUUAAGCAGAGUGUGGAUUAAAUUUAUAUUUGGAACAAG